AUGAGAAUACCCUACAGACCGACUGGGCAAGAGACACCGAUCAACGACGCCGACAACACCAUGGGCGGAGGUCCAGACUCAAAAGACCUAUUCGGUGUUCGUGCUGACGUCCUGAUCCCCGGGCGCGGCGAACCCAUUUCCAAUGGCGGGAUCGUAGUCUCAGUCUCAGAAGGGGUUAUCAUCUGGGUCGGAGCCCACGCCGAUCUCCCCUCCAAGUACAGCCAGGUAUCCUUCACGAAGCACUCCGGCGCGCUAAUGCCUGGUCUGUGGGAUGUCCACACGCAUUUCGGGGGAGCCAACGUCGUGAGCGGAUUAGAGGAUUCAGUCAAGCCCUUCAUGCCAGGCACUCAGUUCCAAGUUGGUGCCGUAACUGUGGACGACCUCCGGUCCACUCUUAUGGCCGGGUUUACAUCUGUUCGGGAGCUGGGCGGAAUGGCAGGCUACCUCCAACCUGUCAUCGACAAAGGCGCCAUCGUGGGACCUACCGUUUACUCUUCUCUGUGCGCACUUAGUAUCACUGGCGGCCAUGGCGACCAACACGACUGCCCCCUGGGGUUGGUCAGAGGCGAGAACGACGGCAGCAACGGAAUCGCUCUGUGCGACGGCGUGGACGAGUGCGUCAAGAUGACGAGGUCAGUUGUUCGGAACGGCGCAAAGGUCAUCAAGAUCUGCAGCAGCGGCGGUGUCCUGAGCAUCAACGACCAGCCCGAGGACACGCAGUUCUCGCCCGCGGAGCUCGAGGCAAUCGUGCAGGAGGCAGCGAGGAGCGGCAGGGUGGUGGCGUCCCACGCGAUCGGGAAGCCCGGGAUCAUCAACGCCCUGCACGCCGGGGUGAAGAGCAUUGAGCACGGAAUGUACCUGGACAAGGAGGUCGCGGACCUCAUGAAGGAGAAGGGGGCCAUCCUGGUGCCCACCCGCCACAUCGUCGAAAGCCUCGCCGCGGGGUCUGAGGACCUCCCGCCGGUGAUCCUGAAAAAGCUCCACCGGAUAGCCCAACUCAGCAGGGACAGCUUCAAGUUCGCUGUCGCUGAAGGAGUCCGUAUCGCGCUCGGCACAGACACCUACAGCAGCGACCGGCAGAGCCCCCUUGCCCACGGCCGCAACGCGAAGGAGUUGCACUGGAUGAAGGUCGCUGGCAUGACGCCGUUGCAGGCCAUCGAGGCUGCCACUGCCACGCCGCCCGAGACCCUCGGCCGGCAGGGUCCCAAGGCAGGACAGCUGAAGGAGGGCUUUGAUGCUGAUUUCAUUGCGGUUUCCAAGAACCCCCUCGACGAUAUCGAAGUGCUCACGGAUUCAAGCAACGUGACUCAUGUGUGGAAAGGAGGCAAGCUGUUCAAGUCUUAG